AUGAGCAUGUCCGGCAUCCCGCAUGAGGAGCUGCCUAUCCUUGAGGCACUCAUAAGCAUUCGGAACCAACUGACGGCGCUGAAGAAGGACAGUGGCGACUAUACGAAUCCGCACGAUGUGCAACUGAUAUACAAUGCGGUGAUCAAGCAGAUCACGAAACUGAAUGCUGUGCGUGAGGAGCAACAGCUUUCAAAUGCCGCACAAGAUGUGGUGGAUGAUACAGAUGCUGCUGAUGGCGGAGGCGGCGGAGGCGGACAUGGUGGCAGCAGCGAGUUUGCGCUCGCCAAAAACACCCGUGUGGACACGAUGCUGGUCGAUGUGUUUUACAUGCUGAGUCUGUUCUUCCUCACGAUAGGCCGCGGUCGUGAAUGUCCUGCCAUGUUCAGUCAGAUUGGCUGUAUGAAGCAACUUCUCGACCACAUGGACGAGUCCGCCGUGUACACGGAGGCGGACCUCAUGCCAUUUGUGAGCCGUAUUCAGGAGCUGCGGGAGAUGAUCAAGAAUGACGAGCGGCAAAACAAGCAUCCACCGCAGCUUACGAAACUCAUGUCGCAUAAACUCGAGGCGUGUCAGCGGGUUGUGAACAAGCUGCAGCAUGCCUUGUCGGUCAUUUCUGUGGAGCUCCUGCCCAUCCACCAAAAGCUCGUGCAAAUCCGACGCCAGCUCAACGCCGCUUCUGCGCGGCCCAAACCACCUAAGGGUGAGGUGAAGCAAUUGCAGGAAGAGCUGCGCAAGAUUGAUGGUAAGCGCGUGGACGGCAAGUUUCUAGGCCCUGGUGGCUCCUCCGUGCCUGAGGGCCAGGAAAUGCUCGCGGGUCUGCUAGAGUCGUGCUUCGAACUGAGCAAUGAUAUCCUCGUACGAAACAGCACAGUUUCGCCGACUCUCCAGCCGAUCUAUGAUCGACUUUUGGAGACCAAGCACCAGCUUGAACACCUGGAGCAGCGGCAUCGGUGGUCGCUGCGUGAGACGGAUUUGUGGACGUACCAUGUUACCCUCAAAGAAAUUGACCGCAUGCGUGUGGAUGGCAAGUUUGUUGAUAGCGAGGGACGCCAGCCAGAGGGACAGUUGCUGCUGCUGUACCUGCUGCGCCGCUCCUAUGGUCUCAUUAACAAGCUGCUAUCUUCCUCUGAGCCAUUAUCUGAAGAACUCAUGCCCAUUUCGGACAAGCUGUCCACGAUAUCCAAGUGCCUACGCGAGGUGAGUAAGUAUGGCGGCACGUUUUCGCUGCGCGACAUGUAUCCAUAUCGGCUGGCGCUGCACCAGAUUUCCAGCAUGCGCAAGCCCGUGAUGGACAAGGACGGCCAACCCACGCAGGUGGUGGGCUGGCUUGCACCGGACGGCACGAUGCCGGAAGGCCAAAGCAUUCUCCAGGCGCAGUACGAAGAAGUGGAGCAGACCAUUGACGAGCUGCUGAACCGCGAAGAAGAUGAAGGCGAUGAGGACGACGAAGAUGAGACGCUCGACGGCUCGGCGCAGAGCGAUACGAUCGAGCGCGACACACUCAGUGACAGCGACCGGGUCAUGUCGGGCCCCAUUGUCGAGAGCCAGUCGAUGCAUAGCCUUGCGAGUGGCCCCAGUGAGUUGGCCAGCUAG